CCGAGGGGCUUCGUCGUUUGGCAGAACCGGCCUCCGGCGUCCCCCGACUCGUCAUGGCGGAGGAGGGCAAGUCGUACAUCGAGCAUGAUGACCGAGUUGGGGGGAGCUUCCCCCAAAGGCGGAAGAAAGGCCGGGGCCCUUUCCGGUGGAAAUAUGGUGAGACAAAUUCACGGCCCCGAAAUCGAGGUGGCCCUGGUCCCCGAGCCCCACGCCUGGAGGAGGAGGAUGGUGAUGUGGCCAUGAGUGAUGCCCAAGAUGGUCCCCGAGCCCGGUACACACCUUACAACUCAAGACCUAACCGGAGGGGGGGAGAUAAUUGGCAUGACCGAGACAGAAUUCAUGUCACCGUGCGCCGAGACAGGGCUGGCCAAGACAGAGGUGGUACUGCUGGUUGCAGCCUGGAUGCAGUACCCAAAAACUGGUUCAGGAUUACAAUCCCUUAUGGAAGGAAGUACGACAAGACUUGGUUGUUGAACUCACUCCAGAGCAAAUGCAGUGUCCCCUUCAAUCCUAUCGAGUUUCACUACGAGAACACUCGGGCCCAGUUCUUUGUGGAGGAAGCCAGCACAGCAACUGCCAUCAAGGCUGUGAAUCACAAGAUUGUGGACCGAGAGAACCGAAGGAUAACGGUCAUAAUCAAUCCAUCUGCCCCACCCCAGUCAGUGCUGAAUGAGCUAAAGCCUGAGCAAGUAGAACAGCUAAAGUUUGUCAUGAGCAAACGCUAUGAUGGCUCCCAGCAGGCCCUGGACCUGAAGGGCCUUCGAACAGACCCAGACUUGGUGGCCCAGAACAUAGAUGUUGUCCUUAAUCGAAGGAAUUGCAUGUCUGCCUCGCUGCGGAUUAUCGAAGAAAACAUCCCUGAACUGCUGUCACUGAAUCUGAGCAACAACCGCCUCUACAGGCUGGAUGACUUGUCAGACAUUGUGCAGAAGGCCCCGAACCUCAAGAUCCUGAACCUUUCUGGGAAUGAACUGAAGUCGGAGCGAGAGUUGGACAAAGUGAAGGGGCUGAAGCUGGAUGAACUGUGGCUCAUGGGGAACCCUCUCUGUGCUGCUUUCCGGGACCAGUCCUCCUACAUUAGCGCCAUCCGGGAGCGCUUCCCCAAGCUGCUUCGCCUGGACGGCCACGAGUUGCCCCCUCCAAUCGCCUUUGAUGUGGAAGCUCCUACGACGCUCCCGCCCUGCAAGGGCAGCUACUUUGGAUCAGAAAACCUGAAAGCAAUGGUCCUGUACUUCCUGCAGCAGUAUUAUUCUGUGUAUGACUCUGGAGAUAGGCAGGGGCUGCUUGACGCUUACCAUGACCAGGCCUGCUGCUCUCUCAGCAUUCCCUUCACCUCCCAGAACCCAGCUCGGGGCAGCAUGAGUGAGUACUUCAAGGACAGCAGGAAUGUGAAGAAGCUCAAGGACCCCACCCUGCGCUUCCGCCUGCUAAAACACACGCGCCUCAAUGUCGUGGCCUUCCUCAACGAGCUCCCCAAGACCCAGCAUGACGUGAACUCUUUUGUGGUGGACAUCUGUGCCCAGACGGAAACGCUGUUAUGCUUUGCUGUGCACGGGGUCUUCAAGGAAGUGGAUGGAAAAUCUCGAGACUCUGUCCGGGCUUUCUCCCGAGUGUUCAUUGCUGUCCCCUCGAACAAUGCUGCCAGGCUCUGUAUCGUGAACGACAAGCUCUUCAUAAGGAACGCCACCACCGACGAGAUCCGCCGCGCCUUCGCCAUGCCGGCGCCCACCCCGUCCUCCAGCCCUGUGCCCACCCUCUCCCCUGAGCAGCAAGAGAUGCUACAGACUUUUUCCACUCAGUCUGGCAUGAACCUGGAGUGGUCGCAGAAGUGCCUUCAGGACAAUGACUGGGACUUUGCCAGGGCGGCGCACGUCUUCACUCAGCUCAAGGCUGGCAGCAAGAUCCCGGAGGUGGCGUUUCUCAAGUGACUCCUGAAGCACCGCUCCCUGUCCGCUCUCUCGCUUCCACCUCCUCUGGCCCUCCCAGGGCCAACGUGAUGACUGUGAAUGAGGGGUGAGAACACCCCCCGGACCCCGCAGGCCUCCUUCCUUGGGGAAGUGUUGGCGAAGCCUCGCCCGUCGCCGUCACCACCUGCCAGCGCCAUCUUGGAAGCCAAAGCUUUGUCUGUAGGACUGACACUAAAGCGCAGCAGGCUCAGGUGCUGGGUGUUCUGCCACCUGGGAUCCUCAUUCUCUGUUCUCCUUUUUAUGAUAAAGAGUGAAGUUUUCUUUUGUGUUGUCUGUAGCCAGAAGUGUUACUUAUUCUUGUCCUGGAGCCUCGUGCUGCCUGCUGCUGUCCGUCUCCGGGCGAGGCUCCGCCGUGUUCCUGUGGUCUCGCUCUUGUUGAUCCUUCUCUCCCCAUGUCAGCCCCCACGUCCUCCCUUUUUAAUUCUCAAGGUUUGUUUGUUAAUAAAUAUUGAUAAGACUGAAAA